CCUGCUGUGUGAUGUAAGUAUAUUAAAGCCCCUCUCUGUGUUCCUCAGCUGUCCCGUGGAGGAUCAGCACACACACACACACACACUCUGCAGCAGCACUAUGAGUGAUCUCUACACAGUGGAGUUAACCGGUCCCGGACCGUGGGGUUUCAGACUACAGGGUGGAAAAGACUUCAGCAUGCCACUCACCAUCUCACGACUGACAGACGGUGGUAAGGCGGUUAAAGCGGGUGUUGCCAUUGGUGACGCUGUCAUCUCCAUAGGAGACCUCAAAACAGAGGAACUGAAUCAUCUGGAGGCUCAAAACAAGAUCAAGGAAUGUAAAGGCAACCUGAAACUCACACUGCAGAGAGCAGCCAGUGUUCCCAAACCUGCUGCAGCACUGAAGACAACUACCGUAAUAACAAACACUAGUGUUACAGUCCCUAAGCCUCCAGUGAACAGGGUGAUCCGCAAGCCCAUCAUACAGACAGAUAUUGGGUUCUACCAUGAGGCAUCUCACGCUGAUGCGAGCAGGAAACGCAUCAUGGAGGACACGGAGGACUGGAGACCCAGAACAGGGACAUCGCAGUCACGCUCAUUCCACAUCCUUGCCCAGAUCACUGGAACUGAGGCCUUGCCAGAGGACAUGGUCUCGAACAAGAAUGCGGUGAAAGAGAUGAAGAUUAAAGUCGGACCUCAGUAUCAUAAACUGAGAGACUGGCACCAUGGAGUUUCUGCUCAAACCCUCAAUGUACUCAGUCUCAUCUAGUGUGUGUAAUUGUGUGUGUGUAACUGUAUGUGUGUAAUUAUGUGUGUGUGUGUAUAUGUGUAAUUGUGUGUAUGAUUCUAUGUGUAACUGUGUGCAAUUGUGUGUGUGUAACUAUAUGUGUGUGUAACUCUGUGUGUAUAACUGUAUGUGUGUGUAACUUUGUGUGUGUGUGUAACUGUAUAUAUGUAUGCGUGUAACUGUGUGUGUGUGUGUGUGUGUGUGUGUGUGUGUGUGUGUGUGUGUGUGUGUAAUUCUUGUUGCAUUUAGCUUAAACUCAGAAGUGAGAUCUGAACUAAAUGAUGAAUUGUGUAAUGUUUGAGUUUUAAAGUGGGGUGAACUCUUAAACACCUCCAUGGAAGUUUCGUUAGCAGCAAAUUAACCAGCUUUAGUUUACAGUGAACUGUAAUAUAACAGUGUUCUAGAUUUAACCCGCAAAUGCGCCGUUGUGGAGUGAUCUACAGUAACGCGAUCUACACUAACGUGAUCUACACUAACAUGAUCUACAGUAAACGCUGCUAUAAACUCAUUGAGAGUGCUGAAGUGAUGUUUAUUUACUGUUGAUGGGGUUUUCUUUGCUUUUCUGAGUCAGAGAUGUGAAAUUUGAGUUAUGACCUUUAGUCAAAUGCAGCAUUACUCAUGUGAGGCAUGGCUAACAGAACAUUAGCUAAAUCGCCAGUUGCAUGGUGGUUAGCUGCUAUCGCUCUACAAAAUGAAGCACUGAAUAAAAGUAUGUAUUAAAUAAUUAGUGGCGUUGCUGUUGGAGUUAAAUGUUACAUACAGAAGUGAGAUUAGCAUGCUAGCAGAAUUUACUCAUCAUGCUAGCACGACUAGCUGCACUACCUGCCUUAAAGUUAGAUUUUAGCCUGGUGUGUGUGUUUAUGUUUGUAUGUGUGUGAAUAAUGUGCUCACAUAUAAAUAUACAAUAUAUAUAUAUAUAAUAUUUCUGGCUGAUACUCAUGAACACGAUGUGUUAGCUGUACGGAAUGUGUUAUGAAAUAGCUUUGUGUUAGCUUAGCUAACAUUUUGAAAUGGUUUGAUGUUGAUUUCUUUUUUUUCUGUGAUGAUACAAUAAAUUAAUUUUAGCUUGUU